CUUGAACCAAUCACACUUCGCAUUUUUUCCGGCAUUUCCCGUGUCAGUUGGCAGUGAAGCUCAGUUGAAAUUGUUGUGGUUACUUGAAACGACUCAGGCUGAAACAUGAAGAAGCAGAAUAGUGAGGGCCAGGAGCAGGAGUGCGGUGGAGGGUCACAGCCCAGUUCAGAGGAGGUGCCUGGAGGAAGCGCUGUGGCUCCAGGGACCUCAGGCAGUCCAGACGGAACAGAUGAACAGCAGUCCGUCACCCCACCAGUGGAAGAGCAGGCAAAGAACGGCGAGGUGGAGGUGGAGGUGGCGGUGCCGGCGUCCUCCUGCGACAUGGCGGAGGAGCUGAGUCGGCAGCUGGAGGACAUCCUCAGCACGUACUGCCAGGAGGACAGUGGGGAGGACGGGGCCCUGCCGGAGGCCCCAGAGGCCCCCGAGGCCUGCAACGGUCAGCCCGACAGCCUGGAGCUCAACGGCCUGGCCGACAAAGAGGACAGCAAGCCGGAGCAGCCCAAACUCAACGGGACUGUCGUGGAAAAGGACCAGAAGAAAAUGCAGGACAAGAAGAAGGUCAAGGGAUUAGGAAAGGAGAUCACCCUCUUGAUGCAGACCCUCAAUACUCUGAGCACGCCAGAAGAGAAAUUGGGAGGCCUCUGCAAGAAGUAUGCUGAACUGCUGGAGGAGCACCGUAACUCACAGAAGCAGAUGCGGGCCCUGCAGAAGAAGCAGACGCAGCUCAUCCAGGAGAAGGACCACUUGAGGAACGAGCACAGCAAGGCUAUCCUGGCUCGCAGCAAGCUGGAGAGCCUGUGCAGGGAGCUGCAGAGACACAACCGCACGCUCAAGGAGGACGGGAUGCAGCGUGCCCGGGUCGAGGAGGAGAAGAGAAAGGAAGUGACCUCACACUUCCAGGUGACGCUGAACGACAUCCAGGCACAGAUGGAGCAGCACAACGAGCGCAACGCCAGCCUGCGGCAGGAGAACAUGGAGCUGGCCGACAAGCUCAAGAAGCUCAUCGAGCAGUACGAGCUGCGAGAGGAGCACAUAGAUAAAGUGUUCAAGCACAAGGACCUGCAGCAGCAGCUGGUGGACGCCAAGCUGCACCAAGCCCAGGAGCUGCUGAAGGAGUCUGAGGACCGCCACCAGAGGGAGAAGGACUUUCUCCUGAAAGAGGCAGUGGAGUCCCAGCGCAUGUGUGAGCUGAUGAAGCAGCAGGAAGUCCACCUCAAGCAGCAGUUGUCACUGUAUACAGAAAAGUUUGAGGAGUUCCAGAACACUCUUUCCAAAAGCAACGAGGUGUUCACCACAUUCAAACAGGAGAUGGAGAAGAUGACCAAGAAGAUUAAGAAGCUGGAGAAAGAGACAACAAUGUACCGGUCAAGAUGGGAGAGCAGCAACAAGGCUCUUCUGGAGAUGGCAGAGGAGAAGACGCUGAGGGACGGGGAGCUGGAGAGCCUGCAGGGGAAGGUGCAGAAGCUGGAGAAGCUGUGCCGGGCCCUGCAGACGGAGCGCAACGAGCUCAGCAAGAAGGUGCUGUGCAUGAGCAGUCCGGGCCCCGCGCCGGGCCCUCAGGCCACAGACUCUGACCAGAGCAGCCCCAGAGUCCUCAGCAGCCCCGACCCAGAGACUCUGCCCGCCCACUGCCACUGCGGUCCGGGGGCAGCGGGGGAGGCCUGCGCCCUGCCCGUCCAGGAAUGAGCCCCCAGGCUCCCGCUCGCCCACGGCCCUUUCCCCGUGUUCUGCUGCAGCCACAUUUCACCAGCUUUGUGUUCGGAGGGAGUACACCUUGACAGGAAGCAAGUUUUCCCUUACGAUUGUUCAUUCUGCCUCCCAAACCCCCACUCCCAGUUUCCUUUCUGUAAAGCACACAUUCACGAACAUUCCCUGCUUUCACGUGCCGAGGAAAAUGAACCACUGUUUGCAAACGCGACCACAAAGCGCUUCUGAGUGUGUUGGUGUGUGCGUCCGUGCGCGCUUUUCUUAUAGGGAUCUGUCUUGGCUGACCACCCCUUGAACUGCUGCUGUUGCACCGGAUGGCCAGUUACGGAGGGUGAGCACUGCACGUUACAGCAGCGAAAGCAUGGCUAGUACCUUUGUCAGGGCGUUUUUUUCAUUUGCUGCCUUAACUUGUGUUUGGAAAGCUGCUGUGCAACGGCCUGGCUUCGCAGUUUGUGGGGCGAGCUGUCUGGGUAGUAUAAAGAAACGCUUUGGGGGGGACAGAGUAAUUGAGCAAAGACUCUAAUUCAUUUACAUUACCAUUAAAAACCUGUAAACAUGGCGCUUCAAGAGCAACACAAUUUUUGAAGUUCUCUUCAAGCUCCAAACUUUUCAUUCACAAUAUUUUUGUUAAUCUUUCUUUGCACCUUUUUAUAUGUUGCAGAGUUCACCUACAUCUGUAGUUUAUAUUUAUCUUUUCUAUGACACUGAGUUAUGUCUGUAUCUGCAACACGAACACAACUAUCUUCCUAUUUAUACGUUUGAGAUUUUCUUAAUGAUUUACAUAAAAUGUUGAUUAUUAACUUUUUAAGCUAAUGGCAUAAUUUUCUUGGACCAAUUUUUCAGUUAUAGUUAGUUCACUAUCAUUCCUACAAAAAGGCAGAAAAGUCCAAUACAAAUAGGAAUAAAUGAAGGUAUUUUCUACAAAUGCAUUAUUUUCUUUUUGGUGUUGCUCAAGACAAAAUAAAAAUAAAAGAAUUUUAAAAAAUUAACAUUUAUACAGAGAAGCUACAGUUUUGUCCUUGCAUGAGAAUUCCCUAGAUCAAACAAAUUGAAUAUUAUUAUUUGUAUUUAUUUUUGUAAGAUCUAAGGAAAUUUAGCAUAGAUAUGCAAGGGAACCUUUUUUUAAUUUAUUAAAGUACCCUGAAGUAUAGCGGUGAUCGGUCUUCAAAGUAGUUUUCCAGUGCAGGACAGCAAAUGAAAGUAAGUCAAACCAGGUCUCUCUUCUAUGCAAUUCCAGCCUCUGAACUGUGUAUGUGAUUUUUUUUCAAGUACUUUACAAGGUACUGGUUUCCAUCAGUCACCAGAAAAAGAAUGUAUCUUAUACUUAAUAUGGCAUACUCUCAUUUGCACCUCAUUGCCAAGUUUGCUGUCAGUGACCACAUUUAUCUGAAUAAAUUUUCAAUUUGUAUUUAUCUUGGUCAGUUAAAUGUCCAUGAGGGUAAAUACUCCCCAGUUGGCACCACAAUGACAUGCUCUAGUUGUGAAAUGGAUUUCAAAUCUUAUUCUCAGUGAAGCCCAGAUUGUAAACUGUCUUGUCUUUCUGACACUCCUGAUGUGUGUCCUGUGGAAAAAAUUGAGGCUUGCAAGGAACAUGAACUUGAUGUGUUUGACAGAAUACUACCCUGGAGUGCAUUUUUCCACUUCGGAUGCCAGAUGUGUCUGGUCGUUUAACACUAAUGUCCCCCAAGUCAAAUAAUUAAGGCCUGUGACCUGUGUCUUCCAGAAUUUGGCUCUUUCCUUUAAGUGUAGGCUACACUUUGAAACUGUAACUUCAUUUCAUAGCAAUUCCAGGUGAUUUUAUUCAGAUUCUGCAUUGUCAAUAAAACACGCUUUAAUUAGUCCAUCGCCUUUUACUAUCUUUAUCCUCAUAUUUGUUUCAUACUUACACUUUGUGCUCAUUUAGGAUAACACGAUCUUUAUCAGGUACCAAAGAUUGCAUUGCUAUGUUUUAAGGCGUGUGCUGUACUUCCAUUUUCGUUGUUGUUUUGUCUCUGUACAUCUUUACAAUUAAAACAUGAAUGAAAAAGAA